AUGGCAACCUCCGCUGUUGCCGAGGCCAACGGGGCCGCCGACACCGUUUUCGCCCUCCGCAAGGUCCUCACCAGCGAGUCCGAGCCUCUUGGCCGCCGUUUCCGCGCUCUUUUCUCCCUCAAGCAUCUCGCCUGCCUCCAACCCACCACCGAACAGACUCUCCCCGCUAUCCAAGCUAUUGCCGCCGCCUUUGCCUCGCAAUCGGCUCUCCUCAAGCACGAGCUUGCAUACUGCCUGGGCCAGACCAGGAACCGUGACUCCGUCCCAUACUUGCAGGAGGUUGUGAAGGAUGCUGAGGAGGAUGAGAUGUGCCGCCAUGAGGCUGCCGAGGCUCUCGGUGCCCUUGGAUACUCGGAGAGUUUAGAUAUCUUGAAGAAGUUGCGCGAUGAUCCAAAUGAGGCGGAGGUUAUUCGGGAGACUUGCGACAUUGCGGUUGAUCGCAUUAUCUGGGAGAACUCAGAGCAGGGAAAGGCUGAGAAAUUGAAGCCAAGCGACUUUACAUCUAUUGAUCCUGCCCCGCCCAUGCCUCUGCAGGCCAAUGAGCCCUCCAUCCCGGACCUCGAGAAGACAUUGCUUGACACUAAGCUUCCUCUCUUCCAAAGAUACCGCGCCUUGUUUGCUCUUCGUGACCUCGCCUCGCCUCCUGAUCUUCCCACUGCUGUUGACGCUGUGAACGCACUUGCCAAGGGUCUCAAGGACCCCUCUGCCCUGUUCCGUCACGAAGUUGCAUUCGUCUUCGGUCAGCUCGGCCACCCCGCCUCGAUCCCCUGCCUUACGGAGUGCCUUGGUGACUUGAAGGAAGUCGGUAUGGUGCGCCACGAGGCGGCCGAGGCUCUUGGCAGCCUGGGCGACGAAGAGGGCGUGAUGGACAUACUGAAGGGCUUCCUCAAUGACCCCGAGCGAGUGGUGCGUGACAGCGUGAUCGUGGCCCUUGACAUGGCAGAAUUUGAGAAGAAUGGGGAGAUGGAGUAUGCCCUCAUCCCAGAUGGAGCCUCUACCGUUGUCGCGGCGGCAUGA